AUGUUCUAUCCAGCAUGGUGGUUGGUCGAUGAGAGGGCAUUCUGCUUCGUUUGUUGGGCGGUGUUGUCCCUCAUGGAAGGUGUGGAUGCGCAAGGGAAACCGAUCGAAGUUCAAGUACUAGAUGGACAGAACGUGCUCGUUCUCAGAUUGACAAUGUACACGAGUGAAAAGCUAUUCACCCUUUAUAACUUUCUAGAAGAUGUCGUAACGUUUAAUUGUGUGACCUAUGAAGAUGAGUCUUUACUUUUUCAGAAUUAA